AUUUCAAUUCAUUCAUUUAGCUAUACUGUAAGCAGUGUUUUACUUAUCUUCUUUUAUUUUAAACUAAUUAAAAAUAUAUAUAAGGAGAAUAGUGAUUUUUAGACACUAUAUUUAAUUGAAUAAUAAACUGUUUUGUCAAUAAACAAUUUGUGGAUAGUAGAGACAUUUUUUUUCUGUUGAUACUGAAGGAACAAAUACUACAUUAAAUGAAAUAUAUCAUUGUAAAUAAAUAAAAUGGGCGAUUCGGAUUUUGUGUACGGAUCGUCUUUAUCUAUUGAUUCUAUGAAAGUUAUCGCAGAAAGUAUUGGAAUAGGCAGUCUCGGAGACGAUGCCGCUAAAGAAUUGGCAGAUGAUGUUACCUACCGUCUCAAAGUUAUCCUACAAGAUGCUAUGAAAUUUAUGCACCACUCUAAACGACAGAAGUUAUCCAUCACCGAUAUAGAUCACACUAUAAAAUCCAAGAAUAUUGAGCCACAAUAUGGAUUCUUACAACCAGAUUCAUUACCAUUUAGAUUUGCAUCCGGUGGUGGCAGAGAACUUCACUUUAUUGAGGAGAAAGAAAUUGAUCUAUCAGAAAUAUUAUCAGCUCCCCCACCAAAGGUACCAUUGGAUGUAUCAGUGAGAACACAUUGGUUAAGUGUGGAUGGAGUGCAGCCGACAGUACCAGAAAAUCCUCCACCACUGACAAAGGAAAUACAAAAACUUGAAUCUGUUGAUCCAAUCAGUAAACUCAAUAAGCCCACAAAUAAGGAUGCUGCAGGUAAACCAAUGUGUGGCAAAGCAGCUAGAUUGAAAGCCUCAGAAUCAGUACAUGUAAAACAGCUGGCGACCCAUGAGCUUAGUGUCGAACAGCAAUUAUAUUACAAGGAGAUUACAGAAGCUUGUGUGGGCAGUGAUGAAGGCCGUAGAGCGGAGGCACUGCAGUCCUUAGCGUGUGACCCUGGACUUCAUGAGAUGUUACCAAGAAUGUGCACUUUUAUCUCGGAAGGUGUGAAAGUAAAUGUAGUGCAAAAUAAUUUGGCUCUACUGAUUUAUCUAAUGAGAAUGGUGAAAGCUUUGCUCGAUAACCAGUCACUUUAUCUAGAAAAAUAUUUACACGAACUGAUUCCGUCCGUGUCAACGUGUAUCGUGUCGCGGCAGCUCUGCUUGCGACCUGAAAUGGACAACCACUGGGCGCUGCGUGACUUCGCCUCGCGACUCAUGGCUCAAAUCUGCAAAACUUUUAACACUUCUACCAAUAAUUUGCAGACCAGGGUGACUAGAUUAUUUGCCAAAGCUCUGCAGUGUCCGUCACAAACGAACAAUGAAAAUGGAGUGGGGCCGUCUAUGGUCACGACUAUGAAGGAAUCAGAGAAAACACCUCUUGCAUCACUAUAUGGUGCAGUUCAAGGAUUAGCUGAACUAGGUCCAGAGGUUGUGAAGGUGUUUAUUCUGCCACGCGUCCGGUGGUUGGGCGAGCGCGUGGAGGGCGCACUGAGUGGCCUGGGCGGCGCUGACCGACAGGCGGCCGGCAACCUCAAACAACAACUGCUCAAAGUGUUGGCGCCCGUCGUCCGCCAGUUACGCCAGCCGCCCGACCUACCUGAAGAAUACAAGCGCGACUACGGCUACCUGGGGCCAAGCCUGGUGCAGAUGGUGGCGAAGCAGCGGUCGUCGCCGGCGGGCGGCGGCGGCGGAGGCGCCGUGGCGGUGGUCACGUGCACGCCGCCGCUCGUGCCCUCCGCGCCCUCGCCCUCGCCCUCACCCUCGCCCUUGCAAUCACACUCGCACACUUUUUCCACCAAAACUGUUGAGACUGUAGCGACCCGUAACGUGGUGAUUAGCGCGUCACCCACACCGCAGUCGCCGGCUCCUGCUACGCCGCCGCCACAAAAAUUUGUAAUAGUCGCCUCGCAGCAAAAACCUCCACAGGCUCAACCAGCGAGCGGAGCCAGCCACAUCGUAGUGCAUAGCUCGCAGCCAGCCAUCGUCCGGAGUCAAAAUGUUCAGUCUGUGGUGGUGACGAGCGGGCCGGCUGGCGCGGCGCCGCCGCAGAAGGUGGUGGUGGUGGGAAUGCCGCCGCAGGCCGCCCCGCCUGCUUCCUCCGCCCCCGCCUCCGCCGCGCACCCCUCACACCCCCCGCUCGUCCAAACCGCAUCUCACCCGCCCGCUGUCGCCUCUUCCGCCAGCCAGGUCAGUCAGGCUCCAGUGUCGGUGGUGGCAAAGCCGGUGUUCACCCGCGGCGGCGGCGGCGGCGCCCCGCAACCCCCGCCAGAGCUCGACGACUUGUCGCACCUCGCCUGACGGCCGCGCCCCCUAAACGUCACCAUUAUCAAGCAGUACACUAGGAAAAAGUCGCAAUAAUACCCACAGCUUUUCCUGCAUGCAUUUGCGUGUAUUUAAUGGAGAUCCAUGACUUGCAUAAGAUUUGUUUAUAAUAUAAAUAUUUUUUUAAGACAUACAUUGUGUAACUGGCUAGAUAACCUCUGAAAAAGCAUAUACAUUUUUAUAUGUUAUAUGUAUUAAUACUGAAUGGUGCUGCACUUGAUAUAUUGUUGCAUCAACUGAUCCUAUGGACUCAUUGAUAUACUCCAUUAAAAUUACAAAACAUUACUGUUCAUUUUAAUGAUAUUUAUCGCAUUAAUAUUAUAAAUUUUUGUACAUAAAUUCAAAAUUAAUUGUAAUUUGUGUUAAUGACAAGUAAAUAAAAUUACAUCGUCAAACCACAUUUCUUUGUACUUGGAUACUGUUGUGUUCCAAUAUAUUAUUUUUUUUUAUAUUAAGAUACUAAAUACUUAUAUAUCAUUCCGAAAAUAAUAUAAACACAUCGCACCUUUAGAAAUGAAGUGAUUCAACUCAGAAUGUUACUUUUUAAGUGUUAUGAUAGUAUAGAAUGAACCUGGGGGAAUAAUCUAAUGUAGUAAUUAAAAAUUAUCCCUUUUUAGUCUAGAUAAAGAGAUAUAAACUGUUCUGUCUUUUCUAAUCAAUUAAUUUUCCGUACCCCUCCCGGAACCUUCAUCUUUAGUGAAGUGUCAUUCUUGACAACUCUUUUUAUAAUUUUUAGAGGCGCUUUCCAAUUGGGUUAGUUUAAUUCCUAUAUUUACAUAUACUGUGACGUUUUGUAUUGUUUGAGUAAUUUUUAAAAUAUAUAUUUUUUUUUUUUUUGGUGUCUGAUUUAUCAAUGAAUUAAUAUUUUAGUAAUCUACAUACUUUUAUCUAAGUUUUUAACUAUUUACAUACUUGUAUCUUAAUACCUUUUAAUAACAAAAAACUGUAUAAUCUAUUUUUUUUUAUGAUAUUUAUAAAACGAAUCUGAAUAUUUUAAAUAUAUAGCAAAGGUGUUGUCCUGAACUAUCAAUAGUAACAAAAUUAUUUGACUUCAAAUAAUUAUAUUAAGACUGAAUAGAAAAUAUUAUUAAAUUCAAGAAUCACAAUAUACAUUUUAUAAUUUUUUAAAAUUCAAGAUUCUUAAUUUUAAUAGAGUUAGUUCAAUUCUAAAGGUUCGACAUAUCAAUCAAAGCGAUAUUCGAUUUCGGUUAUCUUUACUUACUAAUAUAAUAAAAUUGUAACCAGACAAUGUCUACAUGGGCGAUAUUUAUGCAAAAUUAAUGUGAGGGGGUCUUAAUGAAACCAAUGCCAAAACAAUACGUUUUAGUAAUAUGGUCUGUUUCCAGCAACAUAAAAAACUACUGCACCAAAUUAGAUGCGAUUUUCAUCAUUGUAUUCCUAAUGGUUUAACUUAAAAAUACGUGUAGGUUUUAUCCUGGCACGCCAUAUAGAAUUGGUCUUUUUACUUAUAAAUACACGCGUACGAAGUGGCGGGCAAAAAGCUAAUCUAAAUAUAUAUUUUAACUAGAUUGAUUAGUUUUUUUUGUCUACGAUAUAGUCGCGGAUAAUAAUUAAAUUGUGUUCCAAAAAAACCCGGCUUCAAUUGUGGCAAGAAUAUAGACCAGAAGUUUAUAUUUAAAAACUAAAUUGCUGAACCAAUUUUGCUAAGAAAUUUAUGGGACCAAUUUGUAAGCAUAUCCUUUAAGAUAAAAAAGAAUUAUCCAAAUCGGUUUACAACUGACGGAGUUAUCAUGAAUUAUGAGGUGACAAACAUAAAAAAGAAAUUAAAAAAUACAACCGAAUUGAGAACCUUCUUCUUUUUGAAGUCGGUUAAAAAUAAAUACAAUUCGUUAUUUAAAUUUAUGUAAUAAGGUUCACUUAUAAUAUGAAUGGUAAAUAUAUAAAUACAUAUUAAAUUGAAAUCAUAUUUCGAACUUCUAAUAUUUUAGUAAUUUAACCUCCUAUAUUUUGCAAUAUGACUGAAUGAAGACUGUUGUAUACAGAAAAAUAUUUAUCGUUUAUAAAGAACGGGAAUUAACGUGGUCAUUUAGCUAAACUAUGAUAAUUUAACUGACUUAUCUCGAAGUUUCAAUUAGGUUACAUUGUCCGUGCUCACUAGUAGAGGAUGUAGCGCUGUCAUGGCUCCAUUUCCAAGGCAGAAGUUUUUUUUCUUCUAUUCACUCAUUUUCCACACAUCAUACAGAUCGUGUCAUAUAUCAUAGUUCACCUAAAUGAUCGCGUUAAUUCCCAUUUCUUAUAAACAAUAAAACGUGCAGCGUAAAAGUCUAAAUGUUAAUACAUUUUUCGUUGCAUUAAGAAUUAAGUAUCUCUUGAAGAUCAAUAUAUUAUGUUUAAACCAAAA